CGGUAUGGGUCUAAUCGUUGAGUCGUCUUGUGUCUUGUUAGCGCUCACUGCUCAGUGUUCGCAGUCAAGGCAAGUGGCUGGGGUAUGUUUCGAAUUGCAUUGCUCAUCCUCGAUAGUGGUAUCACCGUCGGUGGCAGACAGAGGAUACGGACCAUAACUUCUUCAGGUGGUGCGUCUGCUGAGCCCCUUAGACUCCCCGUCCGCAUCAUGACCACCGAUGCUUGUUAGGCUAGAUAAGGGUGAUGGAAAGGACUUAUCUCUCGAAGAGUGUUCUCGUGAUCAGCUGGAGAAAGAGAGGAUCAUGUGCGUCUCCCGUCGAUGUAUGUCUUCACCCUUGAUGAGGAUGUGCUGCCAGAUAUCUUUCCGCAGAGCAAAGAUUGAACUAUCUGGUUGAGAUUGAUGCAGAGGGACGGCUCAGAUGGGCGAAGAGCCAUGACCUGGUCGAUACGACCCCAGGGCGAUGGGUGGACUCCGAAAACGGGCAGGGAAUCAUUCCGGACCGGACAUCUAUGCGACAGGCGUUGACGCGCGGGCCUUCAUCGUCUGAUUCUUCUGUGGACGAUGACGGAUCUCACACGGAUGCAUUGGACACGGCGGCCACGCAUUACGCUGGCCCACAGAAAGGCAAAUACCGCAUCACGAGGGAGUUCAGGAAGCGAUUCACCCUGCGUGGGGUUGUGGACCGUUUAUUGCGCAAGACGGUCCGGAAAAAUACGUGGAUAUAUGUCUCGGACAAACAUUUCAAUAUCUUUAUCGGAAUCAAGAAGACAGGGACUUUUCAACAUUCCUCUUUGCUGGGCGGAGGUGUGGUGACCAGCGCGGGCUUGAUCACGGUCAAGCAAGGAAUUGUUUACAAAUUGUCGCCGCUGUCGGGCCAUUAUCGCACGUCAAUCUCAGUGAGUCUCCUCCCCCCGGUGCGAUCUCGAUUCAUUGGCGACAGCAUUUCGAGCAUUUUGUUGAUGUGCUCCGGGAUCGAGGCGUGGACAUGCACAAGGCCAGAAUCAGUCGAGCAGUGAUCGCGCUAUGGGG